AAAUUAACUACAAAGUUAACAUAUUCAUAAACUACUAUUAAAGUUAAUUACAAAAUGAGUAAAAAUCCUAAUCAACCCAAUCAACAAAAUUAAAAUCCUGUUAAAAAAGCAGAACCUCAAUUAGCCAAAGAUGCGAAGGGGAAUGCUCCUUAGCCAGCUAAUGCUUAAUAGCCACAAAAAAAUGAUGGAAAAUAGCCUCAACAGUAGCCUGGUAAAGCUGCAGAGCCUAAUAAAACAAACUAAGCUUAAGCAAAUGCUAAAGACCAAUAAAAGUCAUAGGCAGCUGCAGUCCCAAAUGCUAACAAAUAAUAAGAAUAAAAUAAAUAGUAAUAGUAGCAAUAGUAAUUAGCAGCUUAGCAACUUUUAAAGUAAUAGUAAGAGGCAAAUAGAUAGCUAGAGCUCCAAAAAUAAUAAGAAUUAGCAGAAAAAAAUAAGCUAAAACUUGAAAAAAAGCAAAAGAAGCAUGAAUAUAUGAAAUAGCAAAAAGAAUACUUUGAUUAAUUGUACAGAGCGAUGCAAGUAGAUAAUAUGGAUGACUUAGUUGAAGGAAAAGAUAUCGUUUUGAAAGUAGACAAAACAAAUGUUAAGAGAAUAGAAUAUGGAAUUUAAUCUAUUGAAGGUUUAAUUUUCAGAAAGGGACAUAUGAUUGAAGAAGAUCAAAUAGAUGAACUUUUAUUAGAGGCUCUUAAAGAGAGAGACAGUUUAUAGUCUUAGAUAUUGUAUGCCAAUUAGGUCAUCAAAGACUGUGAGAAUUAGCUGAUCGAAAUUCCUAAAACGAUAAGUGCUACAAAGAAGCCAAGCAUUGUCGAAGAAGCAGUCCUUGAAAAAAGAAUUGUAAAUUACAAAAAGGAGAGAGAAGAUUACGAAAAGAAGUUAAAAGAAAUAGAAAAAAAAAUAAAGAACCUUUAAAGUUAAAGAAUUGAAAAUCCAAGAAGUGCUUACAGUCAUGCAGGUUUAAAAGCCUAUCUUGAAUAGCAAGAUUCUUAGAAAAGAAGAGAAGCAAGCACUUUUAUUAAAAAAGUACAAGAAGAUAAAAAAGUAUUUGAGGAAAAAAUCAAAAAAAUUGAAAGUGAGCAGUAAGCCAAAUAGCUACAAGAAGAAUAAGAUAAGUUAGCAAAAGAAGCUAGACUGAAAAUCAUGCAAGAUAAAGAAAAAGAAGAGCAACUUAAAAAAAGAAUCAAGGAUAUUGAACAGGAAAAAGCACAACGUACCAAAGAACUUGAAUAACAUGAAGAAAAAUAUAAAUAGCUAAAAGAAAGAAUGAAUAAUGGAAAACAACCUUUAUAUUAAAGGCUGAAUAAACAGUUUAGAUCAUAACAAAAAUUAGAAGAAAAAGAAAAAUUAGAUUAAUUAAAUGGAAUAAAGGAAAAUCACAAAAGAAUAGAUGAAAUGAAUUUGUUUGAGCAUCAGUAAAAGUAUCUUGAUAAGCUCAAAUAGUAAGAAGAAGAUAGAAUUCAAGAUAGAAAGAAGAGAAAUGCAGAGUUAAAAGAACACCUAUAAAAGGUAUCUUCUUUCCCUGUUUCUACUAUGUGGAGUCAAAGCAAAGAAGAAGUCUCAUUCAAUUCACCUUAAGAUUAAAAAUUGAGAGCCCUUAAAAUAGUUGAGGCUAGGAACAACUUUGCAGAUGGUGUUAAAAAGAAAAAGAAAGUUCACUUGGAUUCAUAAAAAAGAUUAGAAAUUUAAAUCAAAAUUGACAAAUUAAAUAAUCCUUCUAAGUACAUUAAGCCAAUUAGAAGGAGAAACUCUAAUGAUUCUUAGCAAGAAAUCAGUGAGGAUUAUGAUAAAUUUGAUGAAAAAGUUUAUAAAAACGAAAUUAAAUUUGAAAGAGGUAAAAAUAAUUAUGUGGAUAAGGGCUUAGAGUAUUUAGAAGAAGUAAAAGAACAAGUAAAAAGAAUGCCUAAAAAGGCUCGCUCUGAAUAGCCACUUUCGAGAUAGAAUGAUAACAUGUUAAUGUCUGAAAUAAAGAACGGUUCAGUAAUGAGCAAUGCUUCUUAAAUGAAAUCAAAAAUUGACUAUAUGUCAGAAAUAAGAAGUAAAUUUAACUUAGAUAAGAAAACAAGCAAUUUAAAAGAAUGGGAAAGAAUUUCUCGUAUGCAACAUGGAGUUGACCCCCUCGAAAAGAAGAAAAAUCUCUUAAGGUUAUCAAAGAAGCUAGAUGAUGAAGCUAAACACUAAGAAUUAAUGUAUCAUAUAUAAAAAGGUAGUAAAUAAGGUAGUAUUUUCACAGUAGAAGAUGUUUAGAACAGAGAAAAGAUAGAUGAAUUAUACUUAGAAUCUAUCAAAGCUAAACUAGCCAUUUUUGAUUCCUACCAUUAAAAUCAAAACUCUCCAACUAAUUAAACACAACCAGAAUAUUCAAGGGAACAUGAAUUUAGUGUUUUAUCUUAAAAUUGA